CGGCCCCAGGCCCGGCGCCCGCCUGCCGCCCCCUGGCCCCCACAGGCGGCGCGGUCAUGGCCACGAUGGUGCUUCCGCGGGAGGAGAAGCUGAGCCAGGAUGACAUCGUGCUGGGCACCAAGGCCGUCAUCCAGGGGCUGGAGACCCUGCGCGGGGAGCACCGCGCCCUGCUCGCCCCUCUGGUCUCGCAUGAGGCCGCCGAGACGGAGCCCGGCUCGCAGGAGCGCUGCGUCUUCCUGCGCCGCUCCCUGGAAGCCAUCGAGCUGGGGCUGGGGGAGGCCCAGGUAAUCCUGGCGCUGUCGAACCACCUGGGGGCAGUGGAGUCGGAGAAACAGAAGCUGCGGGCGCAGGUGCGGCGCCUGGUGCAGGAGAACCAGUGGCUGCGUGAGGAGCUGGCAGGGACGCAGCAGAAGCUGCAGCGAAGCGAGCAGGCGGUGGCCCAGCUGGAGGAGGAGAAGCAGCACCUACUCUUCAUGAGCCAGAUCCGCAAGCUGGACGAGGACUCCUCCCCCAACGAGGAGAAGGGCGACGUCUCCAAGGACUCUCUGGAUGACCUGUUUCCCAGCGAGGACGAGCAGAACCCAGCGCCCAGCCCCGGCGGAGGAGACGUGGCUGCCCAGCACGGAGGCUACGAAAUCCCGGCCCGGCUGCGCACCUUGCACAACCUGGUCAUCCAGUACGCCUCGCAGGGCCGCUAUGAGGUGGCUGUGCCGCUCUGCAAGCAGGCGCUCGAGGACCUGGAGAAGACGUCUGGCCACGACCACCCCGACGUGGCCACCAUGCUGAACAUCUUGGCGCUGGUGUACCGGGAUCAGAACAAGUAUAAAGAAGCCGCCCACCUGCUCAACGAUGCUCUGGCCAUCCGGGAAAAGACACUGGGCAAGGACCACCCUGCUGUGGCUGCCACGCUGAACAACCUGGCCGUGCUGUAUGGCAAGCGGGGCAAGUACAAGGAGGCCGAGCCGCUAUGCAAGCGGGCGCUGGAGAUCCGGGAGAAGGUCCUGGGCAAGUUCCACCCCGACGUGGCCAAGCAGCUGAGCAACCUGGCCCUGCUGUGUCAGAACCAGGGCAAGGCGGAGGAGGUGGAGUACUACUACCGGCGGGCCCUGGAGAUCUACGCCACCCGCCUGGGGCCCGACGACCCCAACGUGGCCAAGACCAAGAACAACCUGGCUUCCUGCUACCUGAAACAGGGCAAGUACCAGGAUGCUGAGAUCCUGUACAAGGAGAUCCUCACACGUGCCCACGAGAAGGAGUUUGGCUCUGUCAACGGGGACAACAAGCCCAUAUGGAUGCACGCAGAGGAACGGGAGGAGAGCAAGGAUAAGAGCCGGGACAGCACCCCAUAUGGGGAAUACGGCAGCUGGUACAAGGCCUGCAAAGUGGAUAGCCCCACGGUCAACACCACCCUGCGCAGCCUGGGGGCACUGUACCGACGUCAGGGCAAGCUGGAAGCCGCGCACACCCUGGAAGACUGCGCCAGCCGCAGCCGCAAGCAGGGACUGGACCCUGCGAGUCAGACCAAGGUGGUGGAGCUGCUAAAAGAUGGCAGUGGGGGGCGCGGGAAUCGCCGCAGCAGCCGGGACGGGGCGGGGCCUCCGGCCGAGUCCAGCCUGGAGGACGCCGGGCCCACUGCUGAGUGGAGCGGGGACGGCAGUGGCUCCCUGCGGCGCAGCGGCUCCUUCGGGAAGCUCCGGGACGCCCUGAGGCGCAGCAGUGAGAUGCUGGUGAAGAAGCUGCAGGGGGGAGGCCCCCAGGAGCCCCCGAACCCCAGGAUGAAGCGUGCCAGCUCCCUCAACUUCCUCAACAAGAGCCCGGAGGAGCCUGUCCAGCCUGGAGGAUCCGGUCUCUCGGACAGCCGCACCCUCAGCUCCAGCUCCAUGGACCUCUCCCGGCGAAGCUCCCUCGUGGGCUAAUGCUGUCCCCAGCCCUGCGCAUGGGCCCGCUGCUUGACCCACCCGCCCCCCACAAGGACCCCAGUCUUUUCUGUUCAAUCUCAGGGUAACCCGCCCCCUCAUCAUCUCAGCCUGAGCCCCAGAGGCAGGGCCUACAGGCGCCAGCCCGUUUGUAUUUAUUCUUGCCAGCAGAGCCACUUCCCCAGCCUGGACAGUGGGAGGGGCCCCAGCUCUCAAAGGUAGAGAAGUCUCCGCCCCUACCCCACCCCACCCAACCCUCAGGACCCAGAGUUUAGAACACCUUCCACCCCUACCCCAACCCCCCUUGCCCGCUCAACACCCUGCCUUCCCCGGCCGUUGCUUCUGUAUAUAGAGAAAUAAGUUAUUGGCCGCCACCCCCCCACACCCCAUCCUGUCCCCGCACCCUGUCUACGGUACUCCCCCAGCGCCCUGUCCUAGUGGUACCGUCCAGGCCUUAAUCAUGCCACAGCUGGAGAGGAGGUGCCUCCCUAAGGAUUGCCUGGUCCUUGCACCUGGCCUCUGAGGGGCGUGCCGCGUCCAACAUCGCCCCGAGCCCCAGCCCCCCACCCCCGGGGGAGGCACCCCCCUCCCUGUUCUCCCACCACCAGGCCCUGCUCUGCACCCAGCCUUAUGCACAGCCCCUCCCACCCGGCCCCGCCCAGGUACAGCCUGACUCCGCCCCGGGCCCCGCCUGCAGAGCCAUCCGCCACGACCCCUCACACCUGCAGCUUCUCGUGAGGGGCAACGAUGACGACCCCCGAGGCAGAAGGGCCGGCGAUCGCUCUCUAUUUUCAGAUGUUGCUGUAGAAAUAAAGACGGUUUGAAUCUGA